AUGGACUCUGUAAGAGCACAGCUUGACGAACUCCUAGGCAAGAAUAGAAAUAUGACGCCUAGCGAGAAAGCAAAGAGAAAGCCUCACUUCUCUGACCAAGACAUAUGUAAGAAUUACCUUUGUGGACUGUGUCCGAACGAGUUAUUCACGAAUACCGACAUUAGGGGCUUUGGACCGUGCACCAAGCUUCAUGAUGAAGACUGUCUAAAACAGUACAACUUGUGCAAAGAUAAAGAACAGUAUGACUAUGAGAGAGAAUGGGCGAUGCUAAUUGAUUCAAUCAUCAUUGAUAACGACAAGAAGGUCAAGAAGAACAAAGAGAGAUUGAUCAUGGAUGCUGCCAAACUGGCCGCAGAGGAAGGCCUACAGGACAACAGCAAGGAGUUGACGACACAGAUCAUUGAGAAGGACGACAAGAUCAAGGAGCUGCUGAAGAAGGCUGAGGAGCUGGGUGAGGAGGGCCAGAUCACAGAGGCUCAGGAGCUGAUGGCUCAGGCCGAGCGUCUAAAGAUCAUCAAGGCAGAGUUGGAGCGCGAGGAGGAGUCCAAGUCGCACGACAAGAAGAUGUCCGUGUGCGACAUCUGUGGCGCUCUGUUGUUCACUGGCGACAAGGAGAAGAGAUCCAUGAGUCAUCUCGAAGGCAAGAAACACAUUGGCUACGACAAGAUUCGUACACACAUGGAGGAGUACUACAAGAACAACAAGCGCGACCUUCGCUACAGGGGUGGUGGUAGCGGUGGUAGUGGCGGCAGUGGCAGUGGCAGCGGAGGAUACUAUAACAACAACAGAGGUGGUGGCGGUGGUGGUGGAUACAACAGAGAUGAUGGUGGAUAUAACAGCAGAGGUGGAUACAAUAGAGGCGAUGGAGGAUAUAGCCAACACAGAGAUGGAGGUGGAGGUGGAUACAGACACAACAAUGAUGACAGACGAGACAGAUACCCAAGAGACCGCGAUGGAAGAGGCUCAUACUCCUCAUCACGAGGCGGCGGCGACUACCAGGACAGACGACGUGAGUACAACCCAUACGACACCCGUGACAGAGACGGACACAGGGAGAGAGAGAGGGACAGAGACUCCCACGAUCGUCAACGAUCGUAG